CUCCACUAUAAAUACAUCGAAUUUAAAGAAUGAUUGCUUCAAUUUUGCUAUCGGAAGCUGAAAAUAGUCAACCAGCUGUUGAAUUGAAGAAUUAUCGUCGAAACUUGCGAAAGAAAUUGGACCCUAUGAGUUUAGAUGAUUCCGCUUUUAGGAACAACUUCAGAAUUUCUAAGCAGUUAUUUAUAGAUAUUCUUCGAAAAAUUACACCUAUAAUAAGUCCCAAACAUAAUCGAGGAUUGACUGCUAAGCAAAAGCUGGCAGCAUCUUUAAAAUUCUUGGCACAAGGUUCAUACCAGCGGGGUGUUGGAAAUGAUUUCACAGUGCCGAUUGGACAAUCCACAUUUAGUGAAAUCUUCGAAGAAACGUUGUGUGCUCUAGAAAAUACACUUAAGCACGUUAUUACACUGGAAAUGACAGAAGAAGAACAAGCUGAUGCACGUAGAUUUUUUUACGAAAAAUCGGGCAUUCCUGGAGCUGUAUUGGCAAUAGAUGGAACGCAUAUCCGAAUAACAGCUCCACAUGAAAAUCCAGUAAUGUAUUACAACCGGAAAGGUUUUUACAGCAUGAAUGCAUUAUUGAUAUGUGACCACCGAAACAUCAUUCGAUAUGUAAAUGCCAGAUUCAGUGGGUCGAACCACGACGCAUUCAUAUUCGACUCCAGUCCAGCAAUAGAAUAUUUUGAAAACAAAUGGAGGAAUGGUGAAAGAGUGUUUAGGCUGUUAGGAGAUUCUGCAUAUCCGACCAAACCAUGGCUUGUGAAACCUUUCGCGAAUGCUCUUCCUGGAAGUCAAGAAGCAGAAUUUAAUACCAAGCAUGCUCAGGCACGUGUAGUUAUUGAAAAAACUAUUGGCAUGCUAAAAGCAAAAUUCAGAUGUCUUAACGGCGAAAGACAAUUGCGCUAUUCUCCAACUAAAGUUGUACGAAUGGUAAAUGUUUGUUGCGCUUUGCAUAACAUUUGUAUUCUUAACAGAAUUCCAGAAGUUUAAUCUGCGAAUAUGUAUUGAUAGUAACAUUUAUUCGAUAUAAAUUCAAUUCAAUGAUAUAAAACCAGGCCAAUCUACCAAUGAUAAAAACUUUCA